AUGGAAUUGGGCGAAUUGAGCUUGCAAGGGGGCGCCGAUACCAGCGACAUUGGCUCCGAGCCGCAGGGAGAGGUGAUUGUGGAACGAGAUUACAGCCUGGGCACCAUCCCGCGCUUCGAAUCACACUUCCCUCAGCAGCUGCAGGGGCGGGUGUCGCACGAGGAAUUCGAGCACACGCUGUCCACCAUCAACGGCUUCUUCUUCGAUUCGGAAAACCUGACGGCCGCCCAGUGCCUCGAAAGUCUGUUUGGCUGCCUCACGUUUUACACCUACUACCUCUGUUGCGACGCCAAGUACACAAAAAACAUGAAGCGACUCUCGGCGUUCUUAGAAAGCGAAAACAAUCGGGUCUACAAGCCUGCAGGCUUCCUCGUACUCAACCCGCUUUCCAACGGCCUUCUCUACAUUUUGGACUUUAGAAGAGUUGCGGACCGAGGCGGCGUGACACGAUCGGCAGAGAACAGCAAAGACGUCUAG